CAGCCUGAGGGGCCUGCUCCUUCACAGCUCAUGGAAUUGCUACCAUUUCUUUGGUCACAGCUUCCUUUAAUUAAUGAGAGUUCCAUGAAGGCAGGAAAAGGCCGUAUUUUGCUCACUGUUAUAUCCUCAGAACUUAGACUCACACAUGGCACAAAAUAAUUGUUCACUGUGAAGUGGGUGAAAAAAUGAAUUCUCUCAGCCACUGAGAUUCAAAACCUUGACAUAAUCAUGGACUUACCAAGUCAUAACUUCCAAUCUUAUGACAGGUUUCCAGUGGGUUCCUCCUCAUCCCUGCUGCUCAUGCCCUUGUUAAAUGCCUAAAAUAUUGCCCUACUCUCCUAACUUGUUUCCUCACCCCUCUCUACCCACAAGUUAUGAUGUGAUGGGGUGGAGUCUCCCUUAAGGGUCAUGUUUGUUAUAUCCCAAUUCAAACCCCUUUAGUGGUUCCUUAUUAACACUUAACAUAAUAUUUAUUGCUUAGAUUGAAAGACCUCCACAAUCUGGCUGAAACCCACCUUUGGAACUGCUUUUGCUUCCCACCCCUUAAAAAUGCCCCACCCUUAAACUGUUGAUACCUCAGAAGUAUAUCGCUUGAAUGCCAGCAAUGAGGCCUGGGCCUGGGCCCUCCUCACACAGUGAUUUCUUUCUCCCUCCAUCCAAACCCCAUCCAGGCCCAGGCCCCAGCCCCAGGUCUGGGCAUGCAGCCUCGCCAGACUUUGCCAGCUCUGCUAGCUCCUCCCUCUCAAUAAACCUGUGAGUUGCCCUCUGCCUCCCCCAGGCGCUCUGCCUGGCCAGCUGUCGAGUCCUCUGGUUGUCACAGUGCUUGUCUGCUCCUUGCAGAGGCCUGGCCAGGCACCCAUGUUACUUAACAAUCCUCCCAUUACCCUCGAGCAUGGCAUUCUGCUGCUUGUCCCCAGGAUUAGUCAUGUGUUUAUCGAGUCUCUUCUCAAUUAGAUGGCAGGCUUCCUGAGGAACUUCUCUGCUUUGCUCUCAAUUACUCGCAGUACUCAGCCUGCGGUAGGACCCAUCAUAUUUAUUUAAUGAGUACAUUUAUGAAUAGGUGUUUGUAAAUGAUUUCCCUUCUCUUUGAAGGGCUCUCCAAGCUCUUAACACAUUUAAAGUCUGCACUUAACUCUAACACAACUGUUUUGUUUUUUUCUUCACCUCAACUCCAGGGUUAGAAUAAAUGACACAGUAAGAUGCUUGAUGACAAUGAUCAGGUCACAUUGCUGUGACCCCCCCACCAUAUCUGGUGUGUGGUUACUCGACAUGUACUUAAUUAGAAAUAAACUUGUCUUAUCCCUUGUACUUGACAUUCAUGUAUCAAAAGAUACAAAAAUUCUGUGCUUAUGAGAUUAAAAAAACUAUGGUGUUGGCCUCAAAGAGGAAGUCUGCCCUGGAGUUUAGUUGAUUUGCAACACAUAGCUUGACAGUGGCUAUUUUGGGUAUUUCAUCAUUUCUGAAAAAUAGGAGUAGCCACGGAAGCAAAAGUUCAGUUUUAGACCGUGGCAUCUCGUGACUGGACUUUUUCUUUAAAGGGUGAGUUGGCCCAACUUUUAUUCAAGGUGGCUGUGGUAGCAUUUCUUUGGGAUGGUUGCAAAUUCUGAGCCACUGAUGUGAAGGUUAAGAUUUUACAGAAACCUACAAUCUUCUCUUCCACCUCCCCAGGGGGGAAGACAGCAUGGGAGGGAGUCACUCCAACACUGGCAAGCAAACAGCCCUCACCACUAUAGCUCCCACAGCUUCCCCUGCACCCUGCUUCUCCAACAAAGAACUUCAUUUGGCCUUAGCCUUUCUUGCUGGGGUUCUACUGACACUGCUGCUGGUAGCCCUUGUCUUCCUCAUCAUGAAGAACUACAGAAAAUGUCAUUCAAGUCCCCAAGCUCUGGAUCCUCACUCAGAUUCUCUUGCCAAGUUAUCAUCCACCCCGGAGGAGAUGCUCACCUAUGCCAGCGUGGAUCUCAAAAUGUCAGAAGAGAAGAGGGGCGACUUGAUUGCAAACCAUUCUGCAGGCCUGAACUCCGUUGUCUAUGCUCAGAUUAAGUGACAGAUUCAUCCUGAGUUUCCAAUAAGGCUUGGAUCCAAUUCCUCUCAUGUCAGCUCCAUCUUCAUACAUCACUUUCCCUUUUUAGAGAUUUUGGACCACAGUCUGUGUGAAACUGCAGGUGGAGUUGUUUGGGUGUGAUCUGGCAAUCUUAGCCAGCAGUUUUGUGACCCAGGGUCAGCCUUUUUCCUGGGCCUCCCACUGGGACUAACAGGAUGUAAGCUCUCUGAGGGCCGAGACUGCCUCCCUUUGUCCCUUCCAAAGUGUAUGGUACAGGCUUGGUGCACCAAGAGUGCUCACUCAGUGUCCCAAGUGUCGACUUAGGAGAAGUCAACCAAAUGGACAAUCUAGCAGGAAUGACAAAUAAAAGCAAACCCUUUGCAA